GGUGGAGUUUGAGGCUGUGAUAACUCCCCUUGGGGUCAGAACUGCGGACUUGGGCAGGAGCAGACUCAACAGGGCCGUGGUGGGCUGGGCCAGCGGAGUGGGCUCUCGGGCCCUGGGUGGCAGCUGUCGCCUCUGAGCACGUCUACGGAGGCCACAGCCCUGGGCUCUCAGCUCGGUCUAGUCCCGCAGGUGUUUUCUCCCAGGGCCAUGGACUCCUCCGCAGGGCCUCGGAUGCCUUUGCCCAAAUACUGCAGCGUGGCCACAACCCUGAAGGCCCCUGCCUGGGCCGGCACUGCUCCUCCCUGGGACUUCUCCUUCGCCUGCCCUCUCGCCUCCCAAGCACCCUGGCUCACCUGGCAGAACCCCCUCACCAGAUAUGCAUCUUAUGACCCGUGUUUCCACAUUGCUGACCCAGCAUGGCAGGGGCCUGGCUGGCUGGGAAGAGGUGGAGAUGCUGCGGACGCAUGGGUCCUGGCAAGAAGGGAAGCAGGUGGCUUUUAUUACAGGGCUCAGAUAAAGGCUGCUCCCGAGCUGGAGAGGCAGGGAGUCCUGCUGGUGGAAUUUGAGGCUCCCCUUGUCACAUGCCCAGGGCUGCCAGCCCAGCGGCAGAGCGUGGUCUUGGAGGAAGAUGUCAUUCAGUUCUCGCCAUCCGUGGAAUACUCACUGCGACUUGGGGACAAGGUGCUGGCACUCUGGGGACCAGACCAACAGCGCUAUGGCCCCGGCACUGUUGUUUUGGGCUUGGAGGCAAGAGACCCCCAGAGAGCAUCCAAAGAAGAAGAAAUUACUGUUCACUUCUGGAAUGGCAGGACAGCCCCUGUGCCGCUUGGAGGGGUCAGGUGGGUGCCCCCAGCCGUCUGGAAGAAGGCUGUGGACAGGCUGCACAAGCCUUUCACCACGGAGCACCCCAGGCCCCUCCUCUGGGCCCCUUGCUGCUCUCUGGUGGGGCCGGUAGCUGGAUGUGUCACCGGCGGGCUUCCUCUGAGCACUCCGUUCCUGUGCCCUCCCUGCCACCCGCAUGCCUGCUGCCAGCUGCUGGGCCAGGGCUGCCUCUGCUGCUGCCCCUUGGCCGGACCCACCUGGUGGCCUCUAACCAUAACCUCAGGGGUCACAGCCAGAGAGCAUCUACAGGCGGAGCUGAAGCCCACAGCACAGCUUUUGCCCCUUGAGGAUCCUGAGGAGGAAGAAGCAGCAGUGCAGGCUCCCAUGGCUGUUUCUUCCUCCUCUACCUCCUCUUCUUCUGAAGAAGAGGAUCUGGAGAACAAGCUGGAGAUGGGCCUUCCCCAGAGGCUGCUGGUGGACAGCACAGGCAACACGGCCCCCAUCCUUCUUGAGGAGUCUCCAAGGAGGCAGGGUGGCCUCUGCCAGCCGGAAUGGAGGUACUGGAGGAGAAACGGGUCUGAGCCGCAUCCCAGGAAGCCAGGAACAAGACUUUGCAACAUCGGGAAAGAAGAGAAGGGCAACAAACAACAGACAGUGAAAACUGCAGCAGUGGGGAGUCCCAGGGAGCUGGUCCUGGAAGCCACUGGCAUGAAGCCACUACAGAUCCUGCCAGAAGAAGCUGAACACAAAAAACUGAGUCGGGGUACUGCGGCACAUCAGGGGGACUAGAAUUACCCCUAAACUAAAAGCUCCAAGGAUCUAGGAAGCUGAAGAGUAGAUACCUGAGGAGGAGUUAGUUACAAAGUGGCUGACACAAGGCCUUCUUCUACGGAAAUGGUACAGUGCAGGCCACAGGUGAUAGUCUGAUAAGCAGCAGCAUCUUCACCCCAGGAAGACAUCCCUGCAGAUGAGUGGCAGGAAGGCACCUGUCCUAAGGGCACAGGAGUGUGGCGGCCCUGGCGAGGGCUCCCUGCCAGGGGCCUGGUGCGAUCUGCUUGAGGAUGCCUCUUCCACAGAAGCUACAGAACAUGGUUGGCCUGCUUUGGGCAAAUGUGUCCACAGCCUCUCUGCCAUCUUUUCAUAAAGCCUCAGUUGUACAUGAGCAACAUUUUGUUUGACUUCU